CUAUUUUUCUGCCCCUAUUGUAGUUUUCAUUUUUGCAGCUCACACAAUACAUAUCUCACUGGAAGGCAGUAUGGUGGGAAGAGCUCGACUGAAAUCUAUCGCCAGGUUUUGUUAUCGGGAUGCAGAUGUGUCGAAUUAGACUGCUGGGAUGGCACUGGCGAGAACAAGGGCGAACCGAUCAUCACGCAUGGCAAAGCAAUGUGUACAGAUGUUUUCUUCAAGGAUGUGCUUUAUCAAAUUCGAGAUACCGCAUUUGCUCGAUCUGAUUUUCCAGUAAUUUUGUCUUUCGAAAAUCACUGCUCGCGACCAAAUCAGUUAAAAAUGGCGAAGUAUUGCAUGGAGAUUUUUGGUGAUAUGCUGUUAUCGAAGCCACUGGAUGAUUAUCCACUGGAGCCCGGAGUACCGCUGCCAUCGCCGAAUCGCCUGAAGCGUAAAAUAUUGAUCAAAAAUAAACGACUGAAAGCAGACAUUGAAAAAUUACAAAUGGAGCAGUUUUUACGCGAAGGGAAGUUGGAUGAGGAAGAUGAAGUGUCCGAAAAUCCAGAAGCCGUUGUCGGUGAAGAUGUUUCAACAGUUCGUGAGUGCCACUAUCAUUAA